GAAGAUGAGGGAAGCUGCCAGCUCACCCUUCCAGGACCCUAGUGUCGGGGCCGAAUCUCAUGGACCUGACUACAGAGGUGCACCAGUGCCGCCCAGGCCUUGUUCCUCUGGUGGCCUUCAAUGUGGAUGUGGCCCGGACCUGGGUGACUCCUGAGGGAGGCGUACCCUAUGUGCUCAACGCCCUUCUGCACCAAGACUCCAGCACCAACCGGACCUGGCUCCUGGUCACCAAUCCUCAAACCAACGGGACAGCAGGCCUCCUACAUCGUUGUUCCCUCAUCCAGGAUGAGAUUCUUUGCCAACCAGUAGGCUUAACUGUUUCAGAGCAUGCCCCCAUCCCAAAGGGAAGGCACCCGGGAGUGACAGUUGUCCGGAACCACCACAGUGUUUUGAUCUGUAUUCAAGUGAUGUCCCGGAAGCCCCACAGCCUCAGCCCAGAACUCAUAGGCACCUGCAGCCUAUUAGCCAACAACUUCCAACCCCAGGCUCAGGUCUACUUCUCUGACCUUGAAAAUCUCCUUGAUCCCAAUGUACAUGUGGAUGCCAGAGACUGCUACCGGAACAAGAAUGGCAGCCUAGAGAAGACAGCCAGGUGGCGCCGGGCUCUGAAGACACAAGAGGGGCAGGAGGAUGAAGCAGCUGGCACUGAGAUUGCCAUCAUCCUAGAUGGCUCAGGAAGCAUUGAUCCCCCAGACUUCCAGAAAGCCAAAGACUUCAUCUCCAACAUGAUGAAGAACUUCUAUGCCAAGUGCUUUGAGUGCAACUUUGCCCUUGUGCAAUAUGGGGAAGUGAUACAGACUGAGUUUGAUCUUCGGGACAGCCAGGAUGCACUGGCCUCCCUCGCCAGAGUCCAGAAUAUCACUCAAGUGAAGAAUGUCACCAAGACUGCUUCUGCCAUACAGCAUGUCCUAGACAACAUCUUCACGCCAAGCCACGGCUCCAGAAAAAAUGCACCCAAGGUCAUAGUGGUAAUCACUGAUGGGGACAUAUUUGGGGAUCCACUCAACCUCACAACUGUCAUCAGUUCCCCAAAGAUGCAAGGUGUUGAGCGCUUUGCCAUCAGGGUGGGAAAUGGGAGUACUAAGACCCUCAAGGAACUGAAGCUGAUUGCCUCAGACCCAUUUGAGAGACAUGCGUUCACAGUGACCAAUUAUUCAGCCCUGGAUGGACUGCUGAGCAAAUUGCAGCAGAAUAUCAUUCACACGGAAGGCACUGUUGGAGAGGCCCUCCACUACCAACUGGCACAGAUCGGGUUCAGUGCCCAGAUCCUGGAUGAGGGGCAGGUGCUGCUCGGUGCCGUCGGGGCCUUUAACUGGUCAGGGGGAGCACUGCUCUACAACUUGCACAGCCGCCGGGGUCGCUUCCUGAACCAGACGGCAGCAGAUACCAAGACUGCACAGUACAGCUAUCUAGGUUACUCAGUGGCCCUGCUGCACAAGGCCUGUGGCCUCUCCUAUGUGGCAGGGGCUCCACGGUACAAGCAGCGGGGGGCCGUGUUUGAGCUUCAGAAGGAGGGCAAAGAGACCAACUUCGUGCCAGUGCUGGAGGGAGAGCAGAUGGGAUCCUAUUUUGGCUCUGAGCUGUGCCCUGUGGACGUUGACAUGGAUGGGACCACGGACUUCUUGCUCGUGGCUGCUCCUUUCUACCACAUUCACGGAGAGGAAGGCAGAGUCUACGUGUACCAUCUGAACAAGCAGAAUGGUUCCUUCUCUUUGGCACACACGCUGAGUGGGUACCCUGGAUUCACUGAUGUCCGAUUUGGCUUUGCCAUGGCAACAGUGGGGGAUAUCAGUCAGGAUAAGCUCACAGAUGUGGCCAUUGGGGCCCCCCUGGAGGGUUUUGGGGCAGAUGAUGGUACCAGCUUCGGCAGCGUGUACAUCUACAAUGGACGCUGGGAUGGCCUUCCUACCACCCCCUCUCAGCGGAUCAGAGCCUCAGAGGUGGCCUCAGGACUCCACUACUUUGGCAUGUCGGUGGCUGGCGGCUUAGAUUUCACUGGUGACGGCCUUGCUGACAUCACCGUGGGCACUCUGGGCCGGGCAGCUGUGCUCCGCUCAAGACCUGUGGUUUACCUGAAUGUGUCCAUGACCUUCACCCCCAUGGCACUGCCCAUUGGCUUCAACAGCAGUGUGAAUGCUUUUUUGUGUUUUGAAAUCAGCUCUGUGACUACAGCUGCCGAGACAGGCCUCAAAGACACAGUUCUGAACUUCACAUUGGACGUGGAUGUGAUGAAGCAGAGGAAAAGACUGCAGUGUUCAGACAAGAAUAUUUGUCAGAGCCACCUUAGGGAAUGGGAUGGCAGUGUGUCCCGUCUUUGUGAGCCCCUCCUGCUCAUUCCCACAGAGGGAAAGCUCUGUGAGGAGGACUGCUUCUCCAGCAUCAGUGUCAAGGUCAGCUACCAACUCCAGACCUCAGAGAGCCAGAGGGACCAUCCCCACCCUGUUUUGGACCUCUACACUGAGCCCUUCACCAUCUUCCAGCUGCCCUAUGAGAAGAACUGCACGAAUAAGCUGUUUUGUGUUGCUGACUUACAGAUGGCCACCACCACCUCUCAGCAGGAAUUGGUGGUGGGUCUCACAAAGGAGCUGACUCUGAACAUUAACCUAACUAACUCUGGGGAAGAUUCCUACAUGACGAGCAUGGCUUUGCAUUACCCCAGAAACUUACAGUUUAAGAGGAUACAGAAGCCUCCUUCUCCAGACAUUUGGUGUGAUGACCCUAAGCCAACUGCUUCUGUGCUGGUCAUGAACUGCAAGAUUGGUCACCCUAUACUCAGGAGGUCAUCUGCAAUCUUUUCAGUAGUUUGGCAGCUAGAAGAGAAUGCCUUUCCAAACAGGACAGCCAGUAUCACUGUGACAGCCACCAAUUUCAAUGGAAAACAGUCUUUGGUCACAAAGACCCACAGCCUCCAGUUCAAGCAUGCCUUCAUUGCAGUUCUUCCCAAACCGUCAGUGAUAUACAUGAACACAAGCCAGGGGCUUUCCGUCUACAAAGAAUUCUUCUUCAAUAUACAUGGGGAAAAUCUCUUUGGAGCCGAAUUCCAGCUGCAAAUUUGUGUUCCAAUCAAAUUACAAGAUCUCCAGAUUAUAAGAGUGAAAAACGUGACAAAAAUUCAGGACCACACUCUGUGCAGCCAGACUCAGGUGGAAAGGUGCGGAAGCGAUCCUGUUCAGCAUGGGAAAAAAUGGCAUUCAGUGAGCUGUGUCAUCACUUCAAAUAAGGAAAACGUAACGGUGGCUGCAGAACUCUACUUGAGUCAAUUUCAGCAGUUACAGAGAGAUGUAAAUGAACUGCAGAUCCUUGGUGAAAUAACUUUCAACAAAUCUCUGUAUGAGGGGCUGAAUGCAGAGAACCACAGAACUAAGAUCACUAUCAUCUUCCUGAAAGAGAAGGAGUAUUUGCGCCUCAUCUUUAUAAGCAGUGCUGGUGGCCUUCUGGUUUUGAUUGUGAUUAUAAUCACCCUUUUCAAGUGUUCUACAAAGUACAUCUUGGGGGGACAGUGGUCAAAAGAUCCUGGCAUUUUCAAGAUCCUAAGAUGUGGCCUAUUACUUCAAAUCAGAACACAAAAAAAGCACGCCUGGAACAAAUGUAAAAAGUAGAAAAACAGAGGUCACCAAAACAGGAACUAGAAGGGGCUAAAAGGCUUCAAACAUCUCCCAGACUCCUUUGAGGUGGGUUUCUAAUUUCGAUUUUGCCAGUGAGAGGCACUUGAAUGAGAGUGGAAGGUGGAAAGAUAGGAGGUCUUUCUUUUGGUUGCGGCAGCAGUGGUGGAGGCAGGUGAGUACAGACCCCUGAGCGUCAGUGCGACUGCACGGCCCCUCCCUGCAACUCCCGACCUCUGGGUGAUACCAACUCUCCCGUUUUUAUCUCCCAGCUCUCCCAACAGAUUUGAAACACAACUCUCAUUAGUAAAUCCCUUUCUGCUUGAAAUAUCUAGAGUGGUUUCUGUUUUCCUGUUGGCCUUGAGUCUAACUAUAUUAUUUCCAGUGAAUAACAGCUGUCUCUAUGUCAUUUAAUGAAAUGUCCAUUAAUAAAUUAAAAUUCUGCUGUUACUACUCGUGAAAUUCCUAUGAAUGCAUAUAAAUUCUGGAAAUUUAAUUUUGUUUCACUGAUCUGUUUGUUCCCGUACCAGUACCACAAUUGAACACUUUUUAGCAUUAUGCAAACGAUAAAUUCUAAACAGCACAAAGGUAUCUAAAAAAUAAAAAGUUAGUCUCCCUCUCCUCUCCACCUCCAAUCUCUUUCCAAAAGCAACCACUGUUAAUACGUUUUUAGAUAUUCUUUAAAAAUAUUCCUCUGCAUAUACCAGCAUAUGCAUAUCCAUGUAUGGAUAUAGGAAUUAGAUUGUAUAGAUUGUUCUCCCUCCUACUUUUUCAUCUUAUGGAUUUUAGGCAUCUUUUGGUAGCAACCUCUGCAGAUCUACCCCAUCCUUUUUAACAGUUCCAUGAUACACUGCAUUGUAUUUACCUAACAGAUCCCUACAAGUGGAUAUUCAGGUUGUUUCUAUUUCUUUCCUUCUUUUUAUUACAAAGAAAGGAUGUGUGAUGAACAUCUCUAAACACGUAUCCUCCCUGGUGUGCUUUUCAGGUAUGUCGAUGGGUAAGUUCCUAGCACAAUCACUGGCUCCGAGAUGACGUGCAUUUAAAAUUUUGAUAGACGAAAUAAGUCAUGGGAACGAAAGGUACAGAACGGGGAUUGUAACCAGUGGCAUUGUGACAGCACUGUAUGGUGACACACGGUAGCUACACUUGUGGUGGGCACAGCAGAACAUGUAGAGUUGUUGAAUCACCGUCGUACGCCUGAAACGAAUAUAACAUUGUCAGCUACACUUCAAUUCAGUUGUUUUUGAUGAUGACAACCUCCAAAAGGUUUCUACCAGUUGACACCCCCACUCAGAGAAUAUCAAAGUGCCACCGUGUCCAUUGCCACCAGCUGGGCAUCAUCACAUUUUCACUAUUUUGCCAACCUGAUCAUUGUGGAAAAUGGGAUUCUGUUUUUGAUACCAGUUUUCAUUAUAACUUUGCAGUAAACUGUGAUACCUGA